AUGGCGUGGGUGCACCGCACGACCCGUGACGAUUGUCCCGGUGGUUUGCAAUCGAAGGCUGGCACGUCGGCGAGUCUUGGUCCUGGUUACUACGAAACUUCGAAAUCUCGUCACGUGCGACCGAAUGCUGCAGGUUUUGGCUGCGGCGACAAGCUCGAGCGCGGUGCCAACUCUGGCUCCACUCAAGGCUUGAAGAUGAUAACUCCGGGACCUGGAGCUUAUACCAGUAGCAACCAGACAAGUUGGGAAUCGCCUACAAAGAGCAAGGCAUCCGCCACGUCAAUUUUUCAGUCCAAGUCUGAACGACUUGGUGAUGUAAGACAGCGUCGAGGAUUCUCCACGCCAGGACCAGGAGCAUACACGAAGCAAGACCCGUUUGCACAGAAAUCCAAAACACACACAAGCCUCGGCAAUCCUUUGGUGAGGACACCACCGUCCAACAACAAGAUCCGGUGGACUCGACUUCCAACUGCUCCGUCCAUUCCCACAGUUUCGCAGAGUUUUGGCUACGAGCAAGGUGCGCAUGGCAAACUUGUUCGCCACGAGCCAGUCAAAGUUGGUCAUUCUGGGUGUGGAAAUGAUACGCUGGGUCCUGGAGAGUACGAGCCUAUGAGAGGAUUGAAAAGUAUUAACAAGACGCGGACAACCGACUUCUCGAAGGGUAAAGUGACGCGAUUCAUUGAGCACGAAGUUCGAGCAAAGGCUGAGAUACCAGGUCCUGGAGAGUACAAGAACACCGGAGACGGCGCUGCACUCAAAGACCCCGCACGAAUCAAUGCUGUUUUCAAGUCCUCCCUUACUCGAGAGCAAGCAGCACCCAGCUCGACGACGAAAACUGUACCAGGACCUGGGGCGUACAACUCAGCUCAAAUUCACGGAUUCGCGAAAGAAACGAAGCCCGAGCAUCUUCAAUUCUUUGGAAGUACAUCGACUCGGUUCGAGACUUCGCAACGCGAUGGACUUGCUCCAGGCCCCGGAGCUUACUAUAACCCCCCUUCAGGAACCACACAACAGCCACGGUCAAUAUCUGGCAGGAAAAAGGCACCGUUUAGCUCGAAGAAAGAGCGCUUCGAAGUCCCAAAAGAGAGGGACCAGAGUUUGGCUGCACCAGGAUCUUAUGAAAUUCAGUCAGCUGUGUCGGAAGUAUUGAGCAAAGUGACAAGCCGCGUGACAAACUUCGGCAGCACUACAAAGCGUUUCGACACCAUUUCCUCUGGGACCAAUCGUGAGACGCUCGAGUCUCAGCUAGAGCGUGAUAUGAAGGAGCAAAAAUUAGAGCGGCAAAUGCAAGGACAAAAUAACAAGAAGCAACAACAACCCAAGGCUUCAUCCAUGUUUGCUUCAUCUACAAGUCGCCCACAUCAAAGCCAAAAAGCCACUGGCCCAUCGCCAGGCGACUAUGAGACUCUACGAUCUUGGAAUGCCGCAGGAGCGCAGGGUGCUUUCAAAUCGGGCAUCGACCGAAUGAAGGACAAACCCAACCCGAACUCGUUUGUCCCUGGGCCUGGAUCGUACUCCAUGGAGCGUUUAGUGCAGAAACCGCAGCACAAGGCUCGACCGAACGUGUUUUACGCAGCGGAACCUCGUUUCAAGGAGAAGCGUCCAAAGGUGCCAGUAUUGGGCCCUGGUCAGUACAAUACAGACACAGUCGAAUCGGACUGGAAUCGCCCCACCCACAACAUCUCGAUCGCGACUGAGAUGGAGUUGGCGAUGAUGCAAUAA